UCCUCUCUCUCCGCCCGCACGAAUCUGGCCGGUCGCUCCCACCGGAAACUUUUGCCGCCGCCGGUCCACGAAGAAACCGACGGCGAGGAGCAACAGAAACCGUGGGGACGUAGCGACGGCCGGAGACGGCGCGGGCAAUGAAGGCCGCCGCCGGAGGAGGCGGCAAGGAGAGCCCGGCGGCCUCCCUCCUCCGCUUCGUCCUCCUGCUCCUGCUCCCGCUCACCGUCCUCUACAUCUUCUACACCCUCCACGCCAUCCUCUCCUCCACCCCCGCCUGCCCGCCGGAUGACCUCGUCACAGCCAAGGGCAUGAUGGCCACCGCCUUGCCCGUCUCCCACCUUAUUACCAACAACAACAGCCUCGCAUCGUCAAUGCCAUCGCCGCCGCCGCCGCCCCCUCCUCCCGCGGCGACGACGCUGCAGCACGUGGUGUUCGGCAUCGCGGCGUCGGCGCGCCUGUGGGAGAAGCGCAAGGAGUACAUCAAGAUCUGGUGGCGCCCCGGCGGGGGCAUGCGCGGCUUCGUGUGGAUGGACCGCGCCGUGCGGUCUUCCAGCGUGCCGGAGGGCUUGCCGCCCAUCAAGGUCUCCUCGGACACCUCCGGCUUCCGUUACACGCACCGCCGCGGCCACCGCUCCGCCAUCCGCAUCUCCCGCAUCGUCUCCGAGACGUUCCGCCUGGGCCUCCCCGGCGUGCGGUGGUUCGUCAUGGGCGACGACGACACCGUCUUCCUCCCGGACAACCUCCUCGCGGUGCUCGGCAGGCUCGACCACCGGCAGCCCUACUACAUCGGGUCCCCCUCCGAGAGCCACCUGCAGAACAUCUACUUCUCCUACGGCAUGGCGUUCGGCGGCGGCGGCUUCGCCAUCAGCCAGCCGCUGGCGGCGCGGCUGGAGCGGAUGCAGGACGCGUGCAUCCGGCGCUACCCGUCGCUGUACGGCAGCGACGACCGCAUCCAGGCGUGCAUGGCGGAGCUCGGCGUGCCGCUGACCAGGCACCCGGGGUUCCACCAGUACGACGUGUACGGCGACCUCCUGGGCCUCCUCGCCGCGCACCCCGUGGCGCCGCUCGUGUCGCUGCACCACCUCGACGUGGUGCGGCCGCUGUUCCCGGGCGCGCGGUCCCGCCCGGCGGCGGUGCGGAGGCUGUUCGAGGGGCCCGUGAUGCUGGACUCGGCGGGGGUGAUGCAGCAGUCCAUCUGCUACGACGAGGCCAGGCGGUGGACGGUGUCCGUGGCGUGGGGGUUCGUGGUCAUGGUGGCGCGCGGCGUGAUCCCGCCGCGGGAGAUGGAGACCCCCGCGCGGACGUUCCUCAACUGGUACCGGCGCGCCGACUACAAGUCGCACGCCUUCAACACGCGGCCGCUGGCGCGCAACCCGUGCGAGCAGCCGGCGCUCUACUACCUGGCGGCGGCGCGGCGGGCGGUGGCGCGCGGGGGGGAGACCACCGUCACGAGGUACCAGCGGUGGCGGCGGCGCGGCGAGGCGCGCCCGGCGUGCCGGUGGAAGAUCCCCGACCCGGACGCGCUGCUCGACAGCGUGCUCGUGGUUAAGAAGCCCGACCCCGCACUGUGGGAACGGUCUCCCAGGCGGAAUUGUUGCAGGGUGCUGUCGUCUCCCGGGGUAGGAGAGGACGGGAACAAGACGAUGACCAUAGACGUGGGUGUAUGUGAGGACUGGGAGGUCAACCAACUGUAAUUAUCACAUAGACAAACUGUAUAGGUAAUUCAUCCCCUGCUUAUGUCUCUUUUUCCUGUAACAGUAAGAUAGAUGAAAGAAGAAAGAGCAGUAUUUACACACGUCCUCCCUCCCAUAUGAGCAUCGGAUAUCUUGCCACAGAUUUUUCAUCUUCUGAAACUAUCACACAUGCUGUUGAUUCACACGGUCGUCCAGAGUUGAUGUCGCUUCAUGAUACCGGCAGCUUUCAGGAGGAUAUCUUGUUCUAUAGAUGACCACUCCUCUGUUUUCUUACUUUUGAUGUUGCAGCCAAUUGUAAGCUCUCCACGUGGACCUUCUAACCGUGAGAGAUAGCAGUAAGGAGCAUCAAUUUUUGGGUUGGACACCAACAUUGCUUUUAUCUCUUCUGUUAUAGUAG